AUCAUGCAAACAAGUGAAAAAUUAAAGCUGAUAACCGAAAAUCUCUCAAACUUUGGUCUUUGGUUAUAAACUAUGGAGAUUUGAUGCAGCAAUAAUGAAUCAAAAAGGUUGUUUUGUUUAAUAGUGAAUACUUAAUUUGUUUCAUUCUUAGUGAUGGUGGAUCACUGAUGAACCCUCUCAAACGACCAUAGCGGUUAAUAGGAGAAUAAUGUGACAGUGUUCGUCGCUAUUAUGGGCAAGUCGACCAAUCUAGACCCGAAAUUGAAACAUUUAACCAAUACAGAGGUUGUGCUUACCAGUUUAUCGGCGGGAGCUAUUGCCGGAGCUUUAGCUAAGACUACCAUCGCUCCUCUCGAUAGGACCAAGAUUAAUUUUCAAAUUAGUGACAGAACUUACUCGACGAAAAAAGCAUUUAAGUUUUUACUGAAAACGUUGAAGGAGCAAGGAUUCUUCGCGUUAUGGAGGGGAAACAGCGCCACUAUGGCCCGCAUAGUGCCGUACUCGGCUAUCCAGUUUACCGCACACGAACAGUGGAAACGGGUGCUAAAAGUUGACCAAAAUAAUGGGUCCAAUGAGAGACUCUUUUUGGCAGGUGCGUUGGCGGGAGUAACGUCGCAAGCGUUAACUUACCCGUUCGAUUUGGCACGAGCACGAAUGGCUGUGACACACAAACUACAAUACUCCAGUUUGAAAGAGGUAUUUCAUAAAAUAUAUCACGUGGAAGGUCUGAAGGCAUUUUGGAGGGGAUUUAUCCCGACGAUGGUCGGUGUUAUCCCUUAUGCCGGAAUGUCGUUUUUCACCUACGACUCGCUCAAACGAAUAUACAGAGAACAUGUGGAUAAUGCCUUCGUGAUCCAUCCGUUAGCUUCCAUGUUAUUCGGUGCCGUAGCCGGUGUUAUUGGCCAAAGCACGAGUUAUCCCUUCGAUAUUGUCAGGAGGAGAAUGCAGACUGACACUACCGGAAAGUACCCGAAUAUGAUCCGAACGAUUAUUUAUGUUUAUAAAACCGAAGGUAUAAAGAAGGGUUUCUACAAGGGAUUGUCGAUGAACUGGAUCAAGGGGCCGAUAGCAGUCGGUAUCAGUUACUCCACCUACGACAACAUCAAGGACUCUUUGAGGAUGUCGCUGCCAGGUGGAUCCAAACAAAGUCGAUUCACUCCUCAUCUCGAUAGUCAAUAAUAUAAGAAUACGUUACGCUUUUUAUCUCUAAGCCAUAGUGAUUAACUAGAGAGUGUUUUUUACGAUUUUAUUGUUAAUGUUUUUAAACGCUAUAAUAGUUUGUAUAUAUUAGGGUAAAACACACGUUUUGGAUUGUUAUGUAUGUAUGUAUGUAUAUUUAAAACUAGUGCAAUGAGAUUGUUCCUAUAUAGGAUUUAUUAAAAGUAUAAAGUUUAA